AUGUGCGAAAACCCACCAGGUUUUUGGGAACCUGAAAAGUUGAAAGAAAAAUUCCCUUUAGUAGACACUGAUUACAUCUCGGUCUUCUCAAAAGUACGCCUUACUUUUGGAAUUGAAUUUUAUGGUUUGUUGAAAUUUCUUGUUUCUACUCUAGGUGAUAUCUUACUAGUAAGUCAUGGAGCCCCAAUAGGUGCUAUUCAUGAAAUCUGGGCAGGCGACUUCAAAUACGUAGGACAAGCGACGGUCACAAAAUUUGUUGAGACUGCGAAAGGAAAAAUUCGAAUGGAGUUCAGUAGCGAUGCGAGUCAUCUCUCCGACAAGAGCAAUCUACGCCCGUGGUAG